CAUCUUACUGCAGAGCAUAGAAUCAAUAGGAGCUUCUCCUUAGGGAGCUGCUGUGAAACAGGCAAGGACAGUAGGAAUUAAGACACAAACAUAUAGUCUUGCUUUAGCAGCAGAUGUAGUGUUUUUGUACCAUAUUGUAUAUGAAUUUUCAACCAGCAAGCCAGACUUAGAUCAACAAUACUGUUUUAGUGAUGCAUUAGAACAAGAAGCAAUACUGCAGGGCUGUAAAGAGUGCAUGUGAAAAGAGAAGAUUUUAAUUUUGGAGAUUCUCAGGCAUGCUACAGGACAUACCUGUUAGAGCAUAUAUCUUCUAACUACCAUUUGCUCAACGGUUGAUUUUUUUUUUUUUUUAACCUCUGGUGGUUAAGAAUAUAAAGAAGAAACUUUCAUCUUAAGGAUACAGUGUUCUCAUUUGCUUUUGAUGCAGAAGAAUUACUGCAGUGCUUGCUCUACAGAAUGAAAUAAGUUGAAGAAAAGACAAAGCUGUGUUACGGAGAGGAAAGGUUUCUCAGAAUCCAGGAACACAGAUUUGGUGCAUGUUGCCGUAUUUCAGUGAUACGUUAUUCUCUGUUGUUACCACUGUGCAUGUCUGUGCCAGGUGCCUGAGGAAGCAUGUGUGUAUGUCUGUAUGUUCUGAGCCAGAAAUAUAGACAUCUUGAUUUACUGUGAUUAGCUUGUUAAAAGUGAACAUUUUGAUGAAAACUGUUGCAGUUAUUUAGAACAAUGCUUUAAGCUACUGAAAGCUCCUGAUUUCAGUUUGAUGAAAGGGAUUUGGAGAAGCUGCCUUGAUACAUAACACUGCAAAUGGUGUAUGAUUUGUAAAAAGAAACUUAACACAAUUUGUCAACAUACUUAUUGGUGUGGCUCUGGUUUGAAAAGGAAACUACCCUUUCCAGCCCAGGAAAUGGCUUUUCUUGUUCGCUGUUACGCCAAUUGUCUUCAGCCAUGGGCCUCCAAACUUCCAGCGGAUCUUACAAAGAUGCACAUCACAGACAACCCUCAUCCACAGGUGCCUCAUGUAUCUUCUAGUCAGUCUGGUUGUAGCAUCGCUAGUGACUCUGGAAGCAGCAGUUUAUCUGAUAUCUAUCAGGCCACAGAAAGCGAGGUAGGAGAUGUAGAUUUAACACGUCUUCCAGAAGGACCUGUUGAUUCUGAAGAUGAAGAAGAGGAAGAUGAAGAGAUUGAUCGGACAGAUCCACUGCAGGGGCGAGAUCUUGUUCGAGAAUGUCUUGAAAAAGAACCUGCAGACAAAACUGAUGAUGACAUUGAACAAUUACUGGAGUUUAUGCACCAGCUCCCUGCUUUUGCAAACAUGACCAUGUCUGUAAGGAGAGAACUCUGCUCAGUGAUGGUUUUUGAAGUGGUAGAGCAGGCAGGAGCUACUAUUCUUGAAGACGGACAAGAGCUUGACUCAUGGUAUGUAAUUUUAAACGGCACUGUAGAAAUCAGUCAUUCAGAUGGAAAAGUUGAAAAUCUCUUUAUGGGAAAUAGUUUUGGAAUUACUCCCACUCUGGAUAAGCAGUACAUGCAUGGCGUUGUUAGGACUAAAGUAGAUGAUUGUCAGUUUGUUUGCAUAGCCCAGCAGGAUUACUGGAGAAUUUUAAAUCAUGUGGAAAAAAAUACCCAUAAAGUUGAGGAAGAGGGAGAAAUUGUUAUGGUACAUGAGCACCGUGAACUAGAUCGGAGCGGAACCAGGAAAGGACACAUUGUAAUCAAGGCAACACCUGAGCGUCUCAUCAUGCAUUUAAUAGAGGAGCAUUCCAUUGUGGACCCAACCUACAUAGAAGAUUUUCUGUUAACUUACAGGACGUUUCUUGAAAGUCCUUUGGAUGUUGGCAUCAAACUAUUGGAAUGGUUUAAAAUUGACAGCUUAAGGGAUAAGGUAACACGGAUUGUAUUAUUAUGGGUAAAUAAUCAUUUUAAUGAUUUUGAAGGUGAUCCUGCUAUGACUCGAUUUCUGGAGGAAUUUGAAAAAAAUCUGGAAGAUACAAAAAUGAAUGGUCACCUCCGGUUGCUGAAUAUUGCGUGUGCUGCAAAGGCGAAGUGGAGACAGGUGGUACUGCAGAAGGCCUCCCGGGAGUCCCCGCUGCAUUUCAGCCUCAAUGGAGGGAGUGAGAAGGGAUUUGGUAUUUUUGUCGAAGGAGUAGAACCUGGUAGCAAAGCUGCUGAUGCCGGACUGAAACGUGGUGAUCAGAUAAUGGAAGUAAAUGGACAAAACUUUGAGAAUAUUACAUUUGUGAAGGCCCUUGAAAUUCUGAGGAAUAAUACUCAUCUUGCACUUACUGUAAAGACCAACAUUUUUGUAUUCAAAGAGUUACUUAGUAGGACCGAACAAGAGAAAUCUGGUGUUCCUCAUAUUCCCAAAAUUGCUGAAAAAAAAAGUAAUCGCCAUUCAAUCCAGGAUGUACCAGGAGAUAUUGAACAGACGUCACAGGAAAAAGGAAAUAAGAAAGUAAAAGCCAAUACUGUUUCAGGUGGAAGAAACAAAAUCAGGAAAAUUUUGGAUAAAACACGAUUUAGUAUUUUGCCUCCAAAACUAUUUAGGAGACUGUUUUGUGAUGGAGGCCUGAGCCAAUCACAAGAUGACAGCAUUGUGGGAACAAGACACUGUAGACAUAGUUUGGCCAUCAUGCCGAUUCCUGGGACACUGUCAUCCAGCAGCCCGGAUCUCCUGCAGCCUACCACCAGCAUGUUGGAUUUUUCUAAUCCUUCAGCUGUUGGUUUUUACUAUAUUCCUGAUCAAGUUAUAAGAGUUUUCAAAGCUGAUCAACAAAGUUGCUACAUUAUCAUCAGUAAAGACACUACAGCUAAAGAAGUUGUUUGUCAUGCUGUUCAUGAAUUUGGUUUGACUGGCGCAUCCGACACAUAUUCUCUCUGUGAAGUUUCUGUUACUCCUGAGGGUGUCAUAAAACAGAGAAGACUUCCGGACCAAUUCUCAAAAUUAGCUGAUAGAAUUCAACUUAAUGGAAGGUAUUAUUUAAAAAAUAACAUGGAAACAGAAACCUUAUGUUCAGAUGAAGAUGCUCAAGAACUGCUUAAGGAAAGCCAGCUCUCCAUGCUGCAGCUCAGCACCAUUGAGCUGGCCACCCAGCUGUCCAUGCGGGACUUUGAUCUGUUUCGUAAUAUCGAGCCUACUGAAUACAUUGAUGACCUUUUUAAGUUAGAGUCCAAAACAGGAAAUACUCACUUGAAAGAGUUUGAGGACAUUGUAAACCAAGAGACAUUCUGGGUUGCCUCAGAGAUUUUAACGGAAUCAAAUCAGCUUAAACGAAUGAAGAUUGUUAAGCAUUUUAUUAAAAUUGCACUUCAUUGUCGAGAAUGUAAGAACUUCAAUUCCAUGUUUGCAAUAAUCAGUGGCUUGAACCUGGCAUCUGUAGCCCGACUCAGAGGUACUUGGGAAAAGUUACCAAGCAAGUAUGAGAAACACCUGCAAGAUCUACAAGACCUUUUUGAUCCAUCUAGAAACAUGGCAAAGUAUAGAAAUAUUCUUAGUAGUCAAAGCAUGCAGCCUCCAAUUAUCCCCCUCUUCCCCGUUGUCAAGAAAGAUAUGACAUUUCUACAUGAAGGAAAUGACUCCAAAGUAGAUGGUUUAGUAAAUUUUGAGAAGCUAAGAAUGAUUGCCAAGGAAAUCCGUCAAGUUAUUCGAAUGACUUCUGCUAACAUGGACCCAGCUAUGAUGUUCCGACAGAGGAAGAAGAGGUGGCGGAGUCUGGGGUCAUUGAGUCAAGGCAGCACCAACUCAAACAUGCUGGAUGUUCAGGGCGGUGCUCACAAAAAAAGGGCACGACGCAGCUCUCUGCUUAAUGCUAAGAAGCUGUAUGAGGAUGCCCAGAUGGCAAGGAAGGUGAAGCAGUAUCUCUCCAGUCUGGACGUCGAGACAGAUGAGGAGAAGUUCCAGAUGAUGUCAUUGCAGUUGGAGCCUGCGUAUGGGACCUUGACCAAGACUAUAACUGAGAAAAGAUCAGCCAAAUUAUCAGAAAUGUCUCCAGUGCCUAUGAGGUCAGCUGGCCAAACAGCUAAAGCCCAUUUGCAUCAGCCUCACAGAGUAAGCCAGGUGCUUCAAGUGCCAGCUGUUAAUUUGCACCCCAUCAGGAAGAAGGGACAAGCAAAAGACCCUGCCACAUUGAGUACAAGUUUACCUCAGAAAGUUUUAGGAACGAGUGAAGAAAUAAGUGGUAAGAAACAUGCAGAAGACACUAUUUCUGUGGCAUCAUCCUUACAGUCUAGUCCUCCUGCAUCUCCUCAAGGUUCCCCUCGCAAAGGUUACACACUUAUACCAUCAGCUAAAUCUGACAACUUAUCUGACUCCAGCCACAGUGAGAUUUCUUCACGGUCCAGCAUUGUGAGCAAUUGUUCUGUGGACUCCAUGUCUGCAGCUCUGCAGGACGACCGGUGUUCCUCCCAGGCUGUCAUGGUCCCUGAACCCACCGGGGUACUGGAAAAGACAGAGCACUCCUCAGGGGCAGGAGACCAGAGUCAGCUUGGCCCGGGAUGGACUUUCUCAAAGCCAUCUCUAAUCAAGAAUUUACCUGUCACAUCAUCUGUGAGCAAUGAGGAGAUUUCUCAUGAGCACGUCAUUAUAGAAGCAGCUGAUAGUGGUCGUGGAAGUUGGACUUCCUGUUCAAGCAGCUCCCAUGACAACUUCCAAAGCCUUCCAAACCCAAAAGGCUGGGAUUUUUUGAACUCGUACCGACAUACCCAUUUGGACGGCCCCAUUGCCGAAGUCGAGCCCCCUGACUGUGAGCCCUACUCCUGCCCUAAGGGCUGCUCUAGAACUUGUGGUCCGUGCAAAGGCAGCCUGGAGACUGAUCCAGUGAGACAGAGUUGGGCCUCCUCCAGUUCUCUAUCUGACUCGUACGAACCAAACUACGGGACAGUUAAGCGGAGAGUGUUGGAGAGCGGCCCAGCCGAGUCAUCCGAAGGUUCGGACGCCAAGGAUGGGACUGACCCAGUUUACAAAACUGUUACUUCCAGUACAGAGAAGGGCUUGAUUGUGUACUGUGUCACCUCACCCAAGAAGGAGGAUAGGUAUAGGGAACCUCCGCCCACUCCUCCAGGAUACAUGGGGAUUUCUUUAGCAGACCUAAAGGAAGGACCCCACCUCCACCUAAAGCCUCCAGAUUACAGUGUGGCAGUGCAGAGGUCAAAGCUCAUGCCUCAUGGCCUCUCUAGACCGCCGCCAGCUUCUCUCGGGAACAGCCCCAUGGCCUGUGUUCCAUCGAAGACUGUAACUCAGCCUCAGAGGCACCAUUUGCAGCCGUCCCAUCCCAAACUAGCAGACGUGACAGACGCAGAUAGCGAAGCAGAUGAAAAUGAGCAGGUUUCAGCAGUCUAGCCUGUGGAGGAGCACCUGACGUCUGUGGGAAGUCACACAGGACGGAGGGGGCAGGACCCCUUGUGACUGGGCCAUUGCCAGCCACCAGCCUGCCGCUGCUGCUGCCCCCGAGGUCUCGCCCCCGGUACUCAGCGCUGCGGUAGCCCUGCUCUGCUUCCUCUCACUCAUCCCUGCAGAGGCCUAGCUUCCUCCGCUGUGAAUGUUGUGCCUGGAUACCAGUCUUCACUUUGCACACCACACCUGCCUUGGGACCACAGUUACUAGAACAAAUCCAAACUCAGAGUCCUCCCAUGUAUAUCACUAUAGAUUUUCCUUUAACAAGUUAUUUUUAAGGUAGUAGUGGCAGUACUCGUUCCAAGCCAUUGCUUGGGCUAACGGACAAAUUCAAAAUGCCUGCAGUACCAAGGAUAUCCUUCUGUAUUUGAGAAGUAACUUAUUGGGAGUUGUGUGGUUUUGUUUGUAUUUGGGAGCUCGUUUAGCCGGUGGUUAUGUUUGAGGCCAUAAACCUGUCUCUAAUCACACCAAACAGAAGUCAUCUCUGCAGGAUGACUCGCUUCAUCCCUGCAGAAACAUAACCACCUGGAGCACCUGUGCAGUGCAGGCCUUGGUAGGAGUGGAUCGGAAGCCCUCUGCAGUCGAGGUGUUGGGAGGGAAGUGCUUUCGUCUGCUGGUCCCGACUUGGAAGGCCAGUGAGGCUACCACAGGGUUUCUCUGUCCUUUGGGAAAGGGAGGGGGCUAUGGUGGGGUGGGGUGGGUGGCAACCCUAAUUUCCAAAGAAUGAAAUUUUUAUGUUACGUAACACGUGCGCCAGUUCUCUCUGAAGUGAAGGUCGUACUACAUCUAACUGUAACUAAAAGUAUAAAUCUAGUAGAGAAUGGGUUCUAGAGAGUAGAAACCCAAAACGAAGAUUUUUCUCAAUUCAAAUAUGGAGUUGUUUUUUAAAGGAAGUUUAAUCAUUGGUGGUGUAGUCAUGAAGAUGGACUUAGCUUUAUGCAGUGUUCUGCUACCUCCCCUCCCCAUGUCACAAGCGUCAGACUGAUCUUGAUAAACCUUGCAGCUCCCAGCUGCCUGCAGUAAAGCUCAUGAGCUCACCAAGGUAUGUAAUUGGUCAAAAUUUUUGUGGGGGAAAGAGAGCAAGAAUUAUGAAAGUGAUUAUCUCUUGGUUCUCAGUUUAGUCCUUGAGAGGAAGGAGAUAUAUUUUGUAACAGCCUGUUGGGCAUGGAACUCUUAGGUAUUUAAUUAAAGUCUCAGUGACUGUUGAGUGGACAAGCUAGACUGUCCACAUUUUUACAAAUUAAAUGUAAUGUUUUCUAUAUCUUAAGUUUUAAUUUUUUAAUUUGUUUUUAGUGUAAAGGCAAAUGAGAGCUUAAUAGACUUCUGUGAUUACCAAAAAAAAAGCCGAAGCCAUUAAAGUGCACUACCCAGGUCCUCGUGGAGCCCAGAUGGGUUUACUUCUGAGUCUUUGCCCCGGGUAAAUGUAUAGCAUUUAGUUGAUUCAUGAUGUACUUUUCAAGAAUUGUCAUUUUUUCCUCAGCUAUGUCGUCCCUCUCUCUGUCUUCCUGCCUAUCCCCUUCAUUUUAAAAUCAUAAAUGAGUUCCAAGAGGUAAAUGGCAGUAAUCCAUGUUUUCCAUCAAUGUGAUUGCCUCUUCAUUUGAGGAAAAAUAGCAUAUCUGAAAAAUUCCCCUGGGCAAAAAAAACACGUUGACCUGGAACUUAAACCUUAGAAAUGAGCCCCCUGUGUGUUAGAAUGAGACUAGUUGGCUCCAUAGCUUCCUUGGUCCAUUGAAAUGGAAAGCAGCCCGGAUCAAAAAUCCUGGUUUGAAAGUCACACUGGAGUGAUUUGACCUAUAAACAACGGUCCUCUGAUCAGAAAUUUUUCCUUUACUGAUUUACACAAUAUUGUUCUCAUGUCCAAAGCCAAACAAAGUGAAAGAGAUUUUUGCUAUAACCCAUCUAUUUAUCAAGUUUGGUGUUUUAUUUUCACCAUUUUAUAUCCAUUACCCCAGAAAAAUGCUGUUUGCACAGUGUCUGUUUAUUUAGUUGGUCUUUCAAACCAAAUGGGAGCCUUACCCACCUUUAUCCUUAGUGGCAUCAGUAAUACCCUGCACAGAGAGUUGGAGGCUUGUGGUUUUGAACUUGCCACCUUGUAGCUGCCUUUGUUUCAUCUAGCUUGAACUGUGAGUAUUUGGAUCAGCUGAUCACAUUGAUCAGGAACUAAAGCCAAGUGCUUUGUAGUUUGAUAUGUACGUAUCCCUUAGAAAAUCAUGGAGUUUUAAUUUUUAUAUUUUAAUUUAGGGUACAUUCCUGCAUUCUCUGCCACGUGACUAGAAUAAGAGCAGCCUUAACCUUGAUCCAAUUCUAAAUCCCCAUUUGUUUUUGCUUGUGUUUUACAAACGUGUAACUUUAAUGAAGAGACUGGUGCCCUCAUCCCACCACAGCUCUCAAUCUGCAGGACUAUUGAAACAGUAAAUGCUCCGUGCAAACUUUUGCCAAAUAAGUUUCAACAAAACUCUUCAUAAUGAAAAUUUGCAGAUAUAGUAAAUCUGAUGCAUAUGUGCAUAAAAGUUUGUUGUAAUUAAUAGAUCCUUACUUCCUCCAAGUGAUAACUUUCCAUACGAUCUUUGGGGAGAAAAAGCCUUAAGUGGUUUUUCAUGAGGGUGACGAGUCACAUUAUGUGUCUUCAUCUGUAUAACCUCCUCGAGAAUCGCUGCAGGCUGGAAACGAGGCAGUAAUCAUGGGGAUUUCCAAAACUUAAUUUCCAUAAAGUGUUCUCUCCCCAACGGAAACAAAGGGAGAAAGAGUUUCCAUAUAUGCUUAAAAUAAUGAUUAUUAUUCUGAUAUAUUUUAAGUUUCUAAAAUGUGAUACUAAAGUAGAUGUAACCCUUUAGAAUUACCUUACAGGCUCGAACAAAGGGCGAAGUCUUCAGAAAGUGUCACGGGACAUUUUCAAAUUUAAACUGGAACCCCAGUUUAUCUUUAGCUUUCGUUGUGCUUUUUUAAGGCUUUUUUAUUUUUGAUACACAGAAUGCAGCUGUACUCAGUCUUUUAAAAUUGAAACAGGUGAGGUUAUCAGCAAAAGACAAAAACAAAGCUGCCCAGUCGUAAUAAUCAAAUAGCAAUUAUACUGCACAAUUCAGUGAUUGUAAAGUCUCCUGUAACAAGCAAUGUUUGUCUCCUAUUUUUUGAUACCUCUGAAACUUAUGUCUUUUAGAAAGACAGUGCCUCUGUAUGCUUUUUGUAUUUUUACUGAAUGUAAAUAUUUGUUAUAUUUUUGGUUAAGAGAAUGUAAAAGUACCAUUUAUUGUUAUCAUAUCUACUAAUACAUUGGUGAAAUCAAUAAAGAAUCUACAUUAACCUUCUCUGCACUUU